CGUAAUUCAACAAAGAUUUCAGUUCAACGUUGGACUUCAGGACGAACACAUCAAAACAAAUGAUGACAAACAUCAAAAGUUUGUUUUUGCUGUUGGGUUUURCGGUUGUACUUGUGAAAGCAAGAGUUUUAAAAAAUGAAGAAGUUCACAAUCUCCUAUCAGACGAUGAAGUGGAAAAAGUUUUUGGGACUAAACGCAACAAAGUUCCUGAAUAUGACGUUGUACACCCAGUUUUACUGAACGAUCAAGGUGACUUCCUGUCACAUGACGUAACCCAUAACGACAAAAGAGAAGCACCAAAAAAUCUUCAUUUUGGACUGUUAGCRUUCGGGAAGCGAUACCAUUUGGAYAUGAAAUUGAACACCGAUCARCUUUUAGCACCGGGUUUUGUAACUGAAAUAMGAAACAAUGGCGAGUCUCGUUACGACCGAUCUGUUGAUGACUGCCAUUAUCUUGGUCACCUGGUAACGGAUCAGGGACCUGGUGACAAGGUGGCACUCAGUAACUGCGAUGGACUGACUGGAAUGAUACAAAGCAAAAGAGAGGUUCUUAUGAUAAGUCCUCUUCCAAAGAGACUGGGGCUUACYACGCCUACCCACGUGAUUUACAAACGUUCCCAUGGCGAUGCUGCAAAUCUUGGUCGGCAGUUAGGAAUAGACGUCAGAUCAAUGCCACUCUCACUAAAGAACCAAGAACCAUCCAAUGACGACGAUGAUCAAGAAGACGAUGUGUAUUCAAGACCUUAUUACAUCGAGGCGCUGGUUGUUACCGACACUAACAUGCUUAAAUACCACGGAAACRCACGACUAUUGAARAGCUAUGUCCUCACACUCAUGAACAUAGUGCACAGUCUAAUUGGCGAUCCGUCCAUAGGAGCAAGCAUUAAAUACGUCCUCAACAAACUACAGAUUCUAGAGACGUACGAGCCUGGGUUUUAUGUCAAUUCUCAUGCCGAGAGAACCUUGACACGUUUCUGCAAAUGGACCAACGGACAAAAAACAAGACUCAAGGAUUCAGACAACAGCUUCUUUGACAACGCAGUUCUCAUAUCAAGAACACCUUUUUGUGCUAAAAGUUACAAUCCCAAAUCAAGCAGUUGUCAAUCAUUAUUAGGACUGGCCGAUCUCGAAGGAAUGUGCGGUUAUGGGACCAGCUGUGUACUUAACACUGAUACCGGCCUGGGUACUGCUUUUACCAUCGCUCACGAAACCGGGCACAAUCUUGGUGCAGAGCAUGAUGGAGAGGGGAAUAAUUGUCCUGAUGCUGUUAAUAUCAUGGCAAGAACAGCAUCUGGAAAACCCACAGGGUAUCAAUGGUCUAGGUGCAGUCGCGAUUACAUCCUAAAGUAUUUGAGGGGAGGUCGGUCAUCAUGCCUCAAAGAUACACCAGGCCAGUCUGUGAAAAUACCAGCCAACUUACCUGGACAAGAUUACAGUCUUGAUGACCAGUGUAAACUCAUGAUAAAAGGAUCAACUGGAUUUUGUAAUCACCCUGAUUAUCUCAAAAUAGCUUGCUCAAUCCUGUGGUGUGUGAAAGGAAGCCAGUGUCAUACUAUACGAGAACCAGCAGCCGAGGGAUCCAAAUGCGGUCAUGAAAAAUUUUGUAGACGAGGAAUGUGUGUUGACAAGUCGGCUUUCGGGAAGAAUGGUCCUAAACCUGUCAAUGGAGGAUUUUCRGCUUGGUCUGGUUGGGGUAAAUGUUCKCACACUUGUGGGGGUGGUGUUAUGGUCAGAACCCGUCAGUGCGACAAUCCAAAACCUAAGAACUUCGGUAAACCAUGCAUGGGGGAAUACAAAGACUUUAAGUAUUGUGUUAACAAGAAAUGCCCGUCAUCUGCUACAGAUCCACGCAUGAAGGCUUGCAUAAGUAAAAGAAAUAUACGUUUCUCUGGAAACCAGUUUUAUGACUGGGUUUAUAACCCAAAGGGACAAGCAGCAGCAAAGGCCCGAUGUAAACUGACUUGUGAGGCACCAGCUUCUGGUUCUAGUUAUACGUUUUACACGUUUGGUGCAGUAGAAAAUGGUCUCAGAUGCGAUGGCAAAGGUCCAAAGGGUGUUUGUAUUAAUGGCGCUUGCAAGGAACUUGGAUGUGACAAUGUGAUUGGUUCUAAAGCAAAGCUCGAUAAAUGUGGUGUGUGUAAUGGUGAUGGUAGUGGAUGUUCUUCAAGGACCGUAUCGAAUGCGUACAACAAAGUCCCUGACUACAAUGGUCCUGAAUACCAGACCAUUACAACCAUCCCCGCUGGAGCGGAAGGAAUCUAUAUCAAAGAACUGUCGAACUCGAAGAAUUACUUAGCCUUGGAAACAACAUCAAAAACACCAAUCCUGAACAUGGAUUAUUAURUGAGCGAUGGAAGCGAAACAUUGAACGCUGCUGGUACGACAUUCGUGUAUACACAAAAUGGAAAUAUAGAGACGAUUACUGCUAAAGGUCCUCUGACUCAAGGAAUCAUUGUUAAGUUUCUUCUCGAUUACUCCGACUACGACUAUUACUACCCUAACUAUAAUCCUCCCAAAUAUCACGUGGUCUAUAAGUACACUCUCGUAUCCAAGUCAACGUCAAGUGAUGAUAUCUCCAAAGACGACUCCGCUGAACAGUUUAAAUGGAAAACGACUGCACAGGGAUGCUCGGUCACUUGUGGAGGAGGUAAAAGACUAGUUACUGUUGAAUGUGUUAGGGUAGACGACGGUUCUCCAGUGUCUCACGAUAAGUGUGAAAGCGAAGCACCAGAAGGUCUUUCCGAGGAAUGCAACACACAGGCGUGCUCGCCAAGAUGGUCCGUGAAGGAUUGGCAGGACUGUAGCAAGACAUGCAACGACGGUAGUUUAGGUC